UCGAUUUCCCCACUCCCCACCUCUCCCUCCCAACUCCUUAUCCUCUUCUUCUUGCUGAACUGCUCAUCAGUCUGGCCACAGCCUUGGUAAGUGCCUACUUUGGCAGGCCACGUCAGUCACUCGCGGUACAUGACCCUGCUCACUCGUUCACAGACAGCAGGGAUGGAUCAGAAGGCCGGCGAGACUGACGAGGCCUAUGAGGCACAUUUGGCGGCCAUCAUGGCCGAAAGCAAGCAACGGGCAGAAGCAUCAGCAGCAGCACGGAAGAAGGAGGCAGAGGCAGAGAGGCUGCGUCGGGUAGGCGAAGAUCAAUGGCAGAAGCACGCAGCAGCAGCAGCAAAGGCCGCAAAUGAAGAACGCGUACGGCGGCGGGAGAUUCUCUUCAAGGAGGAAACUGCAUCACACGCACAGGCCAAGGAUUGGCAGAAGGAGGCCGAGAAUGGAGACUCCGUUGACUACAUGGCAAGGAUUGCUCUCUUGCUCAACCGCCUGGAGAAGCGACCAGUCGCCACCUCCAGCGCCGGCCCCUCCGACCUUGUCGACCGCGUCAACGUCUUGGAGAUAGACGUGGGAACGCUCAAGACCGAGACUCAGCGACUGGACCAGCAGGUGGGGGCAGCAGCCACACCGAGCUCAGCGCGUCGUGAGAGCAUCCCCAAAUUUGAAGGGCUCCUGAUCUUCUGUGAUGCAUCGAAGACGGAGCCUAUACCGUGGUGGCGCCAGUUCGAAUUAAAGCUGGACAUCCACCAUGUCGUCCACACAAACCGGCACGCAUACUUAUGCUCCCGGUCAGGAGGUGCGUGCCAAGCAUGGCUGGACAACAUGUUGUCCGCACAUGCAUGUACAGUCUCCGAGCUACACAACUUCAUCACCUGGGCUGAUCUUACGGCGGCAUGGAAGAAACGUUUCCAAGUGGAACCGCCCGAGCAUCAGGCGAUGGACAAGCCGCUGACAUUCUCACAAAACAACAUGCCAAGUGGAGACUGGAUAUCUGAGUUCCAACGUGUGGCAAGCACGCCCAAGCUGCCGCUGAACUUCGACGGCAUCAAGCUUUACUUUAUCAAGAGGUCGUGCCCAGCGUUGCAAAAUGCGUUAAAUCAGGUCGCGGAGAACCUCAACACAAGUGAGGAACUCUUCAACAAGGUCACGCAGAUCAUUGUGACGAACUUGGAAGCCAAGAACAUUGGCCGUUCGUCGACAGCCGGCCAGGGUGCGUAUCAGCAUCAACCGAGAGUGGCCGUGGUCGCGGCAGCAACGCCAAGCGACCCUUCAACUUCAAACGAGGCUGCCUCGUCUGACGAGGGAGACGGACUAGCAGCUGCCCAGAAUGGUGGCCGCCCCGCCAAAGGACGAGGGCACGCCGAAUCACAACCCACGGACUUAUCUUCGGACCCCCAUGUGGUACGGUUGCUUGACGAAUUCGGCGACAUCUUCGAGUCACCUACUGGCGUGGUGCCGGAUCGGCUGAUCUCCCACGAGGUCAUUCUUGAGGCCGGUGCCGUGCCGCUGAAAGGUUGCAUCUAUCGCAUGAGCGAGGAGGAACUUACAGUACUCCGAGCGCGGCUCGACGAUUUGUUUGACAAAGGAUGGAUCCGGCCUAGUAGCUCACCCUAUGGUGCGCCUGUUCUCUUCGUGCGGAAGAAGAACGAGGUUAUUUGCCUAUGCAUCGAUUACCCCAAGCUCAAUGCACAAAACGUCAAGAACACGGGACCUCUUCCUCGUAUUGACGACCUUUUGGAGCGGUUGGGCGGCGCAAUUUUUUUUUCCAAGUUGGAUUUAAAGUCGGGGUAUCAUCAGAUUUCGAUACGCCCGCAAGAUCGCUACAAGACCGCGUUUAAGACACAGUACGUGCAUUUCGAGUGGGUCGUCAUGCCUUUCGGGCUCACCAACGCCCCAACGACUUUUCGAGCGGCGAUGACCAACGAGUUUCGUGCAAUGUUAGACCGGUUCGUGCUGGUCUACUUAGACGACAUCCUCGUCUAUAGCCGAACCUUGGAGGAACAUCUCGAGCAUCUUCGACGAGUGCUGGAGACGCUCUGUCGCGCCAAGUACAAAGCCAACCGCGUAAAGUGCGAGUUCGUACGUCAAGAGUUGGAAUACUUGGGGCAUUUCGUCACUCCACAAGGCAUCAGUCCGUUGUCGGACAAGAUCCAAGCCACCCAAGAUUGGCCGGAGCCGCGGAACGUCACUGAUGUCCGUUCAUUCCUUGGCCUUGCCGGCUACUACCAACGUUUCAUCAAAGGAUACUCGAAGAUUGCGGCCCACUUAUCCAAGCUUCAAUGCGAGGACCUACCAUUUGACUUCGGGACGGAUGCGCGGGGAUCAUUUUUGGCCCUUAAGGCCGCAUUGCUAUCAGCGGAAGUCUUGCGAAUAUACGACCCGCUAUUGCCAACGCGCGUCACUACGGAUGCGUCCGGCUAUGGCAUUGGUGUCCUCCUCGAACAACAUGAUGGCGUGGACUGGCACCCGGUCGAAUACUUCAGCAAGAAAGUGCCAGUCGUACAUUCAAUCGAUGAUGCACGCAAGAAGGAACUUCUCGCCUUCGUCCACGCACUCAAGCGGUGGCCGCACUUCCUCCUUGGUCGACGCCAAUUCCGAUGGGUAACAGACAACAAUCCGUUGGUCUUUUACAAGACCCGAGACACCGUCAACAGCACGAUCACCCGUUGGAUGGCGUUCAUCGACCAGUUCGACUUCUUUCCCGACCAUAUUCCGGGGAAGUCAAACCAUUUCGCGGAUGUUCUUUCACGACGUCUGGAUUACUGCACCGCCGUCUACUCGACCUUCGAAAUAGAGGAUGACUUGCGGGACAGUUUCAUCAGCGGCUAUCAAGCCGACCCCGAAUUUCGCGACAAAUUCGCAAAUUGUUCCUCUCCCAAUCUGGCGCCUUCGCACUAUCGGAUCCAAGAGGGAUACUUGCUCAUUCACUUGCAGGGGAAGGAUCUACUUUGCGUGCCGCAAGAUUCACACUUGCGCACAAGGCUUCUUGGCGAGUUCCACGACGCCCCCGCCAUCGGACAUUUUGGAGUCAAUCGCACGAUUGGCCGACUCCGCGAGCGCUUUUAGUGGCCCGGUCUUCUCGACGACGUCACGCACUAUUGUGAGUCAUGCGAGGUUUGCCUACAUUGCAACCCCCCCAAUCAUCGUCCGUACGGCGAACUGCGACCAUUACCAGUC